AUGGGGAAAAGCGGGACCUCGAAGGUGCGACACAAUGGCCAAAACGGAGGAGACGAGAUUUACGCAACGGCGGCGAGAAACGGUGUGAGAGGAGGGAAAGAUCGACCAGACACUUCUCGCCAUCCCGAGGACGGCUUCCCGUUUCCCCGCUCCGACCGCUGUCAUCACGAUCCGCGCCUCCCCGCCUUCCCCGUUCCCCCGCGCGCCGUGACCGCUACGCCGUCCGCUGCCGCCAUGAAGCCCUGCGCGCGCCUGUCCGGCCUGUGUGGCCUCUCCGCCCUCGUCGCGGGUCUCGUUGCCAUCAGCUUCCUCGCGACCCACGCCAGCGCCGCUGCUGACCCGUGUGCCAACGAGGAUUGUGGGGAAGCCACCUGCACUGUUGAUGUGGGUGACACGCCCGUGUGCAAUUGCAAGGAUGGCUUUGUAUUUGACAGCGACAACAAGAGGUGUUUAGUGGACCCGUGUACCGGCGUGGAGUGUGGGUUACAGGCUCACUGCCUUACUCUCACUCCUACUGAAUUCGUGUGCGAUUGCAAAAAGCAAGGUUUUUACUUCAACGAGGCUGACAAGACGUGCUUUGCCCCGAUGGUGCGGACGACGGUGGCAGUGCAGGCAAGUGGCAACACCUUCGUAGGCCAGAGGGACGCCACCUUCCUGACGCAGGUGCCGGCAGAGCAGGCCAGCGGCAGCAGCGCGUGCAGCAACCUGUACAUUGUGCUGAAAGGCGACACCAACAUCACCGUCGUGUGGAAUACCAAGCGCGCCGCGCCUGGCAGCCUCGCGCUUGGCAACGCCAUGUGCAAGAGCGUGUCCCUCCCGCUUGGCAGCGCCAUGUGCAAGAGCGUGUCGUUCUACGCUGACUGGGACUGCAAGGCGAAGCUGGACUUCACCAUUGCUCGUCCAGCGAAGAAGGGCAGUUCCUACCCUGUCACAAAGAGGACUGUCAAUGGAGUCGCUUCACUGCUAUCGGUUGGCUGCGAUAUCACCAUGUGUGAGAAUGAUUGUGGAGCUGCUGAGUGUGUUGUGAAGAAGGGCAAGCCACUGUGCCAGUGCCCUGAGGGCCUCUUGUUCAACGCCGCUAAGAAGCUCUGCCUGGUUCCUCCUCCUCGGGCUGGUGGACAAGCGAAGAAUGGGCGACACUAG